AUGGAUCCCAUCAUCCUAACCAGCAUCAAUUCUAGCACAACUAUCUGGGGCCUCCUCACUCAAUGCAUAGGUUUUGCUGUGAUGGGACCAAUCUAUCUAACACUAUAUCUCUUUACAUCACCACUGAUCACUUCAUCAACACCACUUAUACCCUCUGCCCUGAGCAUUCCGGAGGGAGUCAUUACCGGCAUCCCUUUCGGAACGACCAUCGGCUUCAUCAUGCCCACAAUUCUCAUGUCACUGCCGGCACCCAGCAUCCUCUCCGUCUCAUCCAAGAUCAUCGCGAUCCUGGUCUGGCAAGCGUUCCCGCUCUGGGUGACCGUGUACACGUACAUCUGGAGCAACGCUCUAUGGCCCAAGAUCGAAUACGCAAGCGAGGCAGACGCACUCGCCAAUCAGCUUUCCAUCCUUCGGCACGUCUACAAGUUCGCGUUGGCCCUCAGCGUGCCUGCUCACCUCGCGACCGUCACGCUCUCACUCUCCGCCGGCGUCUUCUGUCCCGGCAUGUUCACGGCCUUUGCACAAAGCGAGCUCAACCCCAUCAGCGCUUUCAUCCCGCCGAAUCCCUUCUCCGAUGUCAAAGCCGCCAGUGUUGCGCAGGGAUCUCAGUGGUUCCUGCAAUACGACUACGCCAUCACCUCAGUCGCAUACAUUCUUUGGGCUUUGGCCAGUCGGUACGCCAAACCUGUGGUCAAUGCAAACAAGAAUGAGUCGAGUUCCCUUGGGAUUGGUGCUGCUGUCGAAGUCAUCGGCAAGGUCGCUUUGCUCGGGCCGUAUGCCACGGCUUUGACCCUUAUCUGGGACCGUGACGAAGCUGUCUUCGCCGGAGCAACUGCCGUUUCUGAGAAGAAGAAGGCAUAG